CGGCAGAGGACAGAGCUGAUACUCCUGACAGGACAGACUUUUAAUUUGUCUUUUUAAUCGACAUACUUUCCCGUCUGAACAUGGAAAAAAGAACAAACAGAAGGAGAGUUACUGAACAUUUUCUUAGAGGUCGACACUUGAAGCUGAAUGAUUUGAAAAUAGAAGCUCAAAGUGUGGGAAAUGGAUACCUCUUCACAGAAAACAUCCCAGAAUAUCCCCGACCAGAGUUUCAUGUGUUUCACCUGAAACACGACACAGAUGAACCUGGAUUACAUGGAAUCAAGCAGGAUCAGGGCUUCAGGAGCAUGGACGAAGACUGUCUGGUGUGGUGGAGUCUGGCUGUGGGACCUGAGGACAUAACGUCAGCUGAGGGCAGGCUCCUGGAGACAACCUACCCAGACCGGACUGAUGAGCAGGCCCGGAUGCAGCGCAGCUUCUUGGGGAAGUUUGCCACGUCCCCAGCCUUCUUGGAGACCUCCAGGCUGGGAUCGUACCGCUUCACCUUUCCCCUGGAGGAGGUGCUGGAGGCCUACAGCGAACAGUUUUGUCAGGGUGCUCAGCCGCUCAUGCAGGUGUUCGAGACCGUCCUGUACAAACAGGAAGUGAUGUAUGUCGUGCUCGUCGACAGACCAGAGAACGCUGCACAAUAUCCUCUGCUGAGUGAUGACCCGACCGCUGUCUGUGCUUACGAAGAUGGACACUUCAUCUGGAGGCCGGAGGCCAUGUGUAACACACACAGCUAUGAGUUGGUCAGGAGGCCCGAUGAAAACCAGCUGGAGGUCACGGAGGUGUCCCCACCGCACUACUACGUCUGGGAUAAUGUUGCCAUCGCCCUGCGUGUGGAGGAAGGACAGGUGCUGAGCUUCGAUGAUGACAAACUGAGAAAGAACCUGAGGUUCUGUGAGAAAGGAAAACCUGCACUGUCUGGACAUUUUAACAGUUUCCAGGACGCUGAGGAGUUGGCUGGAAGGUUGUGGCGUGACUCGUCCGACCCGCUGGAAAAGCAGCGCUCGCUCCAGCUUCAGUGGUCAGGUGGACAGUUUUCGUCCAUUUCCUCUUUUAAAGUGCCGGAGGGGGGCGUGGCCUCUCUGUCCUGCCAGUACUCGGUGAAGCGGUUCGGGCUGAGUCGGGUCUGCUGGGGCCGUGGCUGCGGGACCUUCUGGUGCAGCAACAUCCUGGUGCAGAUGGACGAGGACGGCGUGGUCUCCAAGGUGGGGGACCGGUACCGGCUGACGGGGGAUGUCCUGGAUGGACAGAUGGACCUGGACAUCCUGGAUGUGAGGCGGACGGACAGCGGGCCGUACUGCUGCAGGGUGGACAUCGACGGGAUCUUCAACGACAAGAAGGUGAUCAUGAACCUGAGAGUGGUCAAAGCUCCGGUCACCAGCUCUCCUCCUUCAACAGCGACCACGAAAACGACAACGGAUCGCGUCACAGAGCCGUCGGCCUCCACAGGACACUGGAAAACGCUGCAGCCGUCUCAGCUGGACCGUCUGAGGAGGAACUCCACCCUGCUGCGCUCCGACACUGUCACUGUGGAGGACUCUCUACCCUCUCUCUCCCUUCAGAUCAAUGUUCCCGUCCUCUCUCUCUCCCUCAGCGUGUUGCUCAUCCUGGCGGCAGUUUUCCUCUUCCUGGCCUUCAGACGUGGAAUUUACAGACGAGCCUUAAAGACCGGCUGUUUCUCCUCUGAAGAACCUCCUCACAUCAUCUACGAGAUCCGGAUGAGAAGACCAGUCCAGGAGAACAUCUACACUCUGGACUAGAGCCUCGUUCACAGCUGGAGCACAAACAAUGUGAACUGACCAACUGACCAACAUUAAUCUAAACGACAUUUAACUUCAGUUUAAAAGUGGAUAAGCUGCUGCUGUGGUUCCUGUUUCCUGUGGUAAUAACCUGAAAACCAGCUGAAUGAACAGGAGGCCCAGAGGAGGACGACUGUGUACACUGUGUAUAUGCAUACACACCUUUAAUUACAUGUUACCAGACAACAGAAAACAAUUUCAUAAGUAAA